UUUGGUCCAGUGCCACAGAAUAUGUGAACCUCCGCCGUCCCUCAGAAUCAGCCCUUCAACCGACAACAUGGCGAGCGUCCGUGCCGCGUCCCGUCUCCUCUCCAAGAGGGUCCUAUCCAAAACCAAAGCUGUAAGAAGUUAAAUUCGAUCUUAACUCAUCUUUAAUCCUUAACUUAGCUUAAUUAACUCUGAGUCAUUACGCUGUUUAAACGCUGAAAGGAAAAAUUCCUGUUUUUUUCAGCUUUCGUAACGGCCAGUUAUGACUUGCGUAACCUGUGUUAUGUAGCUUCUGUGUUUCAAUGUGACACUGAGGAGAAAGUAUAUUUUCCGGCUCUUACAUUUUGUUAUGUGCAGCCACAACACUACUAUGUAUUUCCUAAAAUUCUCAUAAAUGUAUGUUUUGAGAUAGAGGUGAGUUAAACUGGGGUGAAUUGAAGUGUUAACAGUUAUCCCAUAUGCCCUUGUGUAAACCAGUGUUCUGUUAAAGCAUAAUUCGUAUUCUGCAAAAGCAACUGUUGGAGCAAAGACAGACUCAAUAUGUGAUUCUAAACGUUUAGAAAGCACAGACUAAGUUAUUAAAUCUGCACAGGUUUGAAUACUUGUAGUUGUGUAGUGUUAAUGAAGAAUUACUUACACUAUUAACAAUAAAGUUGCUGUCAUUAUCCUGAAUAUAACAGCAGUGUCGUAGUCUUUAUAGCCCAAUCGGUUUGUGUUUGUCAGAAGGUAGUCUUUUGGUGUGCUGUUACCUAUGUUAUAAAUACAUUAUUUACAUUUAUAAAAUAUGUUAUUUCUUCUUCUUAGGUCCCUGCAGCUGCAGUUCAGGGCUCCAGGAACUUUCACUUCUCCAUCUAUGGCAAGAAGAAAAGUGCAAGUGUAUCAACUGAGGUAAGUCAUGCUUUUUUGAGAUCAGCAUUUAGUCGGGUCAUUACUUGAUUUCAUACAGAUGUAUUCACAAACAGGGAAAGUGUGAUUCUAUCCAUGUUUCAUGAUGUAGAGUAGAAUAUUGUUUGCAAACUGUUCUUUGAUAUUGUAAAUUUUAAAGUAACUUUCCCCUUUCUUCGGUGUAGAUGUCCACACAGUAUCCGGUUGUAGAUCAUGAGUUUGAUGCUGUUGUGGUCGGAGCUGGAGGAGCAGGACUUAGGGCGGCUUUUGGCUUGUCGGAGGCUGGCUUCAACACGGCAUGCAUCACGAAGCUCUUCCCCACCAGGUCUCACACAGUUGCUGCUCAGGUAAAACAACACAUUAUUUACAUCUUCUUUUAAGAGUAUUUUGUCCCUCAGAAUCUCAUCUGCCUGAAAUCUGUCUGCAUUCAUAAGAAUAGGAUUGAACAAACUCAACAAAUUGUGAUAGUAAUCCAAACUGACUCUGUACAAAAUGAAAAAUACAUGAAUGCUCUCUUAUACAUCCAGUGAAUGUAUUGACUGUGCACACAGGGUGGAAUAAAUGCAGCUCUGGGGAACAUGGAGGAAGAUGACUGGAGGUGGCAUUUCUAUGACACAGUGAAAGGAUCUGAUUGGCUAGGAGACCAGGAUGCCAUCCACUACAUGACAGAGCAGGCUCCUGCAGCCGUCGUGGAGGUAAGGUCUCUCAAACUCUCUAAUACAAAGACCAACAUGAACUCAUGCACAUCAGGGAUUAUACUGAUAAAAAAAUUAGUGUAUUUUCACACCACACAUGGAUAUUAUGUUUGUUUUUUUUAUUAAAAGUUACAACAGUUUUGGGUGAUGCAGUGUCAUAAAGCUCUGAAUGUCUCUUUUUGUUUGAGAAAAAGGAUUUAAAGUUUAUAAUCUUCAAAAACACGGUGCCACCUGCUGGCUAGUUAAAUUCAUUGCAUGACUGGGACUAAGGCAAUGCCAUCCCUUAUUGAUAAUAGUAGUUUUUGUCUCAUAUGUGAGCAAUGAAAUAUAAUACUCUGUGAGCUAUUAUCAAAGCUUUUGUUCUAAAGACCUGCUCUAAAUCUGCCUCGUUAGUGUUACGAUUUUAGCAGCCAAACCAUAAAGUGUUGGCUAAAAAUUUAUAUAUCAAAUAUUUUUGCCGACAUGUUGAUUGUCUUGAUGUUUCUCUAGACUUUCUUUUUUAAACUAUUUAAAUAUUUUUAUCCUUUGAAUGUCACAGUGUCACUUUAAUAUCGAAUGAUGUUCCCAUAAAUAAUAUGACUGCUCUUAUAGCAUAGUAUCUGAUCAAACAGAAAGGUUUCAGUGUCUGUGGCCUCAGAUUUUAAAGUGCAUCACCAGUUUUUUUGUCAUUUUCUUCAUUCACCCUUCAAAGCUCUGCUCACUCUACCAUCAAGCUUAACCAACAUUUUAACUGAUCAAACGGCUUUCCAUAAACCACCAGAUAUUUUUGAAGCUUCAGAAAUAACAUGUAUUAUGUUACAAAAGCACCAGUACAAUUAAUCUGUACAGCUUGAGCCACAAGAAUAAAAUAGGCGCUAGUAUGUCAGUAUUGUGAACAAAUACUUGAACAAUUUUAUUUCUGUAAAUUAAGACACCCCCAGAACCAUAAAAGACUGCUCAAUGUUUAUUUGCAGAUUACAUGAUAACAGUUCUAGUGCUUUAGGUUUGUGUGAAACCUUUAUGUCCUUAAAUGAAUGUUAGUUUCGGUGCUAGUCCUAUAUUGCUUUUACUCUUGAUUUAUUUUUUUUGUUUGUGUCAAAUUUUCUUCUGUGACUACAACACUGUAAGGAUUUUUACUACACACAUGUUUGACACACGUCUCGUCUUUCUGGCCUUUUUCCAGCUGGAGAACUUUGGUAUGCCUUUCAGCCGUACUGAAGAUGGCAAGAUCUACCAGAGAGCAUUUGGAGGUCAGAGUUUGAAGUAUGGAAAAGGAGGCCAGGCUCACCGCUGCUGCUGUGUAGCAGACAGGACCGGACACUCACUGCUGCACACACUUUAUGGAAGGGUAGGUUUAAAAGUGUUUCUACCUUCUAUACCUGCAGCUGUUCAUACAUCGAGAAACUAGUAAGAUGAACUGAAUCCACAGCUCACACAGUGUGUGAUGUGCCCUUCUGUCCUCUGUUUAGUCCCUUCGUUAUGACACCAGUUAUUUUGUGGAGUACUUUGCCCUGGACCUCCUCAUGGAGAAUGGAGAGUGUAAAGGAGUGAUAGCUCUCUGCAUGGAGGAUGGAUCUAUUCACCGUUUUAGAGCCCAAAAUACUGUCAUCGCCACCGGGUAGGCCUCUUCUUCUGUGUCUGUAAUAUCAUAGCAAACAACACUUAAUCAUCAUCUCUAACAACCACAGUGUUAGAGCUGAGAGGAGGCAGUGACAUUCCCUCUGCUCUGCAUGUGCAACAUUUAUCAUGCUCUAACGUGGCUGGUUAAAGAUAUUCCAUUUAAAAGCGUUGAACUUUUCCUUCCAGGGGUUAUGGGAGAGCCUAUUUCAGCUGCACAUCUGCCCACACCAGCACAGGAGAUGGGAAUGCAAUGGUGACCAGAGCUGGCCUGCCCUGUCAGGAUUUGGAGUUUGUGCAGUUUCAUCCCACUGGUGAGGAAAAGACACACUAACUGACUCACUAAAUCAAAACGAGACAUUAGAUCUACACCACAGAGUUGAUGCAUAAUCCUGUUUUGAAAGACAAAAUCUUGAUUAGAUUGGAGGAGAACUCAUACACCAUUACUGCCAGUUCAGAGCCUUUAUUUGAUUUGAUCAAAUGCAGGAUAAACGAUGUGUGUUUGUUUUUCAUGCUCAGUCUUUUCUUCUUCAGAGCAUCUGGAAAUUAUUUACAGCACUACGCUUUCUUUUCACAUUUUCUCGUGUUACAGUCUCAUUACAAAAUGGAUUAAAUUUAUUUUUUACCUCAAAAUUCGACACAGAAUUAACCAUAAUGACAGAGUGAAAAAGUUUGUUUGAAGCUUUUGUAAAAGAAAUAAAAACAAGAAACAAAAAUAUAGCAUGUACAUACAGUAAGUAUUCACAGUGGAAGGACCUCCCCAAAACUCUUCAUCUGUCCUUAAAUAUCUGGAUCUGCAGUGAUGUUUUUUUAAGAGUUUUCAAGGCCCUUUUUCUACAUCAUGCCCUGAUAAUGGGCCUCACUUCAAGAGACUGAGCGGUCAUCUUUAUUUUUGUUCCUCCUGGACAUUUGACUCCUGACUUCUUAGUUAUGCUGGAAGUAUUCAUGUCAUGUGGCCUGUUGGGGGGGUCACAGAAGCUUAAUGUUUCUCACCCCUGUGCACUGUAUAUGAUGGAACAAUACUGCGAGCUGUAGGAGUGAAUCGUCACAUAUGUUAAGCAGACAUUUCUGUAGUUUUAAAAUGGAAGUUUGCUGCUAUAAUACUGUAUAAAUCGUCAGAAUAAUUAGAGUUUAAUUUAUUCAUUGCAAGACAGCUGUACUAGUUCAUGAAGAGAACAGGGACCUGAAGGGGCCCAAGAUGUAACUUCGGAAACUGUGAAACCUGCCAGUCAGCUACAGGAUUCAAAAAUAACCAUCUCAGUGUUUUUCAGCAAGUUCUUAAAACAAAAGAAAACUUUUUGACUUUAAAAAUAAAUGACUUUUUUUGUUGCUGUUAAAAGCUCACCAAAAAAAAACAGACUUAAAAUUAACUAUUUGUUUAUCAGUUUUUUCAUUUACCUCAGCAACGAUCACACAAACUUCUGAGCUUCUCCUAAUUUUCAUUAUUCACAGUCCUCCCCUAAACCUUAUAUCUGCAGAGUCAAGCCUCAGACUAAUUUGUCAAAAAGAAGAAAAGAGUUCCCAUCACAAAAACAAUAUGAAUAUGGAUAUGAAAGUGUGAAAUGAGGGUUUAUGCAUCAGUAGUAACUAAAUUUCUGUUUAUUUUUUCUUGUCAAUAAUUUGGAUGAUUAUUGGCAGUGAAACAACUUGAGAAAACAAACUGAGACUUCUUCCUGUGCGGUCCAUAAAACACACUCAAUGAGUUUUUUAUUGGUGCAGUAUUGUGGCUUAACAAUCGAGCUUUAAUGGUCAUAUAUUUCAAGUGUUGACAUUUGUCUUCACUGGUGGGCAGGCGGCUCAAAUUGUUCAAAGCUGGAAUCCUUUGAAGUGUUUUCUAUCACAAAGAUAUCGGCCAUAUCACAUCCUAUCGAUAACUGCUCUGUACUUGUUGUGUUCAUUUAGCAUUUGAUAAAAAAAAACAGUGUCAAAGGAGGCUCAGUUGUAGUUACCAUGGCAACCCUAAAGGAAUAAUCAACCAAGCAUUAUCACUGAGAAUGACUGAAAUCUCCAGGAUGAGGCCUCUUGUUUGUAGAACACAACACAUCUUUUUGGUGCACUAUUUUAAUGGAGUCCUUUUCAACUCAUGAUUUUGUUUUUUUCCCACAGGUAUCUACGGAGCUGGUUGUCUGAUCACAGAGGGCUGCCGUGGUGAGGGAGGAAUCCUGAUCAACAGUGAGGGAGAGCGUUUUAUGGAGCGCUAUGCACCAAAUGCCAAAGACCUGGCCUCCAGAGACGUGGUGUCUCGCUCCAUGACCAUCGAGAUCAGAGAGGGCAGGUAUGAAAAUAAAACAAUGUGUUGGAUCAAAAUUGAAUAACUCACAUACUUGUUAAGUUUGUUCCUGUCAUUCCUCACCUUUCUUCCCGUCUGUCUUCUUCCCCUUAGGGGUGUAGGCCCAGAGAAGGACCAUGUGUAUCUGCAGCUUCACCACCUGCCCCCCCAGCAGCUCGCUACAAGACUGCCAGGAAUCUCAGAGACCGCCAUGAUCUUUGCUGGAGUCGAUGUCACUAAAGAGCCAAUCCCUGUCCUGCCCACUGUCCAUUACAACAUGGGUGGAGUACCCACAAACUACAAGGGUCAGGUAGGUGACCUGGACACAGUCAGCCCUCAGUUCACUGUAAAUACAACCUUUUAUAAAUGACUCUAAACAAAUAACACACUUUCUCCAUCAGGUGAUCACUCAUACUAAUGGAGAGGACAAGGUUGUUCGUGGAUUGUACGCCUGUGGUGAGGCAGCCUGUGCCAGUGUGCACGGUGCUAACAGGCUGGGUGCGAACUCUCUGCUGGAUCUGGUGGUGUUUGGUAGAGCCUGCGCUCUCACCAUCGCAGAGGAACACAAACCAGGUGAGGUGCAGUAGAAACCCGAUCAUUUGGUCUUGCUCUUGGUAACAGUUAUUGCCGGGGAGCUCAUCUUACAAAUACAUGCUCAUAAUUCCUGUCAGGGGGUUGACACAAAUAUUUGAAUCCCUUAAAGGAGGUUUACUGUCUGAGAUCUCUGUAGCUUUACUCAUUGCCUGUUUGCUCCAGAGCUGAUUCGGGUGUUUGGUUUUCUUCUCAGGAGAGACUCUGUCCCCGCUUCAGCCCAGUGCUGGAGAGGAGUCUGUAGCCAACCUGGACAAGCUGCGGUUUGCUAAUGGAAGCCUGAGAACCUCUGAGAUCAGGCUCAACAUGCAGAAGGUUAGAUCCACAAACAUACCCAAAAAUAUCAGUUUUUUAUGCUGUACAUUUGUAAAAUAAAAAUAAAAAAUUAAACAAAAAUUAGAGAAAGGAAAGAAAAAAGGAGAUGGAAAUGUUUUUGAAUCUGUCCUUUUUUACCAACAUCACAAAAGUACAUGUUUUUUGUCACAUUACUUUUGGAACCAUGCUACAGCAUUGGAGCUUUUAAGGUCCUUUUAUCGUCUCCUGACCCUGCGUGUCACACACAGAAACUUCCAUCAAGCUCUAAUUCUGUGAAUGUGUGUUUUCUUCACAGACCAUGCAGGCUCAUGCCGCUGUGUUUAGAACCGGCUCUGUUCUGAAAGAGGGAUGCGACAAGAUGGACGCCAUUUACCAGACCAUGGAAGAGCUCAAGACUUUUGACAGAGGUACUGCACCUCUGUCUGUGUUUUAUGUAUGUGUUUAUAAACAGGUUUACCGUACAUCUCAGUAAUCCCCCCUGUUUUUACCCUGUUCAGGCAUUGUGUGGAACACAGAUCUGGUGGAGACACUGGAGCUGCAGAAUUUGAUGCUGAACGCCGUCCAGACUAUCCACUCAGCCGAGCAGAGGAAGGAGAGCAGGGGAGCCCACGCCAGAGAGGACUUCAAGGUCAGUUUUACUUCACCUGUCAACAUAAAUGCGUUUGUUGACGUUUCUUUUAGUGUGUUUACCCUCUGCCUCUUUCUGCAGUGCCAGUAAUAUAACUUUUCUCAUGGUAGUUUUUAUUCUCCUGAGAUCAAAUUUCUGCUGUUUACUAAAUUCUUCCUCUUUGUAACUUUCUCUCUCUUUUUUUUAAUCCAUCUAAUUUUAAUUUAUCUCACUCUGUACUGUGUUUCCUCCUCUGAGUGUGUUUUUUUUAAUAUGUUUCAGGACCGUGUGGAUGAGUACGACUACUCAAAGCCCCUGCAGGGUCAGGAGAAGAAGCCCUACGAUGAGCACUGGAGGAAGCACACCAUGUCCUUUGUUGACCCCAAGACUGGAAAGGUACAGUCCCCAGCUGUGUGUUUUGUAAUUCUUCAAGUUACAUCUCAGGCGUGUCUGGCAGCACAGUCAAUAAUACGAUUCUUUUCUGUUUUUGUGUCAAAUCACAGGUGACCCUGGAGUACCGGCCAGUUAUCGACAGCUCUCUUGACGAGCAGGACUGUGCCCAUGUCCCUCCAGCCAUCCGUUCCUACUAAAAAGACCUCCUCUAGUCCAAUUUCCCUCCUCUUUCCUCCUUUCUUGUCCUCCACUCUCCUCCCUCAUCCAGUUGUGUCAUUUAUUUACUAUUUAUGGAGCUACUCAUCCUAAAUUAGAGAUGACAUCUUGAGACGUAUAAUGCUCAUGAUUGCACAUUUGUAUCCAUUCAAAGUAGUUGAAUACAUGACGCUCUUGACUGUACCAUUCUGUCCCAGUGUUUCAUGUGUGUUUUGCCUUGUUUCGACCUGUUUGCAGCAGAUGAAUAUCAAAACACUUCUUGUUUCGUCUCGCUCUCCAUUAAACGGUUUUGUAUAUAUCAUAAUGCAGUCAAGACAAGUGAGCGAAUCCAGCUGAAGAACAUAUGUAGUGCAGUUAGCUUAUACCACCACACCUUAUGUCACCUGAUGACCACAGUCUCCUUGUCUUGCACGGCAUUGAACGUUUGUUGAAGAGCAGCUUCUCUGUUUUGGCUCUGGGAGGUGCAGAGGUUGAAAAAGAAAGGGAUUGAAACUUAUACGCACAUGUCGGUGAGGCACAGGGAGGUUAUAAGUAUGUAAAUAUUGCAGAAAUGUUAAAUAAAAGUGGCGAGUUAUACUUGUAUGUACUUCUUGAAUUAUGAGCAAGUGUUUGUUUUCUCACUCACUAUGGCCUUCACUCUUUGAUGGUUUUGACUUUUUGUGGUGCUUCAUGCGUGUAGUCUAAAAUACUCCAUUUAUCAUCAAUCACCAGUAGAUAAUCAGCUGAUAGAUGUAAUUGAGCUUAAACUAUCUAGCUUCAAUAGAACUGUUAACCAAAUGAAGCAGCUUGAUGCAUGUAUCUAUUAUCUAUUCUGUUCCUGUUAAGCAGAGUACUCAGACUAAUUCAUAAGUCAUUGGGGAAAAGGAUGCAUGGAUCAAACUGCUUUAUGAUAAGAUUAGCUCUGAAUGCUUGGCUGGAUCCAAUUAAGGGUGGGUCUCAGUAAAUAGAAGGUGAUUAUGAUGGCAGAGAGAAUGAGAAAUCAUAACAGACGGAAACCCAACCCAUUGUCAUGAACUCCACUCAAGAAGGAUGUAUGCAGUGUUGCCACUUGAAGAAUUAAACACAUGCCAGGCUUCUUGUACUGAAUCGUUGAAAGACUGACUUAAUUUAUUUGCCUGUUUUAAAAAAAAAAGUUGAUUUUCUUCUUUAAGGUUUGCCAUUUGUACUUUCUUAUGUUCAAUAAAGUGUAGACUAUGCAUAGAAGGAACUGUGUCUUUGUCUUUAUUUAACAGGCAAAGAGGAAAGCUGCAGGAAUUUUAGCUGCUAUAUUGUUAAAGUGAUUACUUCAUUUACAAAUACAUUGAUGUAAAUUUGAUUUCCUAUACCUGUUGAUGGUAUUACUCAAUAUGUACUUUAUCUACAUGGGUUUAAAUGAAAAAAAAAUGUCUAGUCUUAAGAGUAAAAAAAUGUAAAAAUGCAAAUGUUAAGCGUGUGUAAACUGGUUUCUUUGCUUGGUGUGUGCAAGUGUGUAGUUGAAGAAGUGUUUGUAUGUGUGUGUGUUAAUGUGUGUCUGUUCUAUCAUGAAGCUUCUUGGGUGAUCAUGUGCUUCUAAGGUCCCAGGGUCAAAGC